CUCCUCGUGCUUUGGUUGCCCUUGGUGAGUGAGGGACCUCUGAGAUGGCUUCCAGCAUGGCUGACCCAGGCAGCCUCCCCUACAGUUCCAACUCCUGCCUUCCCCACCUCCCACCCCGGGAGGCCAGUGUGGUGCUCUCUCUGUUCUACACGGCCCUCUUGGUCUUCAGCGCCCUGGGAAACAUCCUUGCCCUUUGCCUUGCCUGUCAAAAGGACAAAAAGAUCAACUCAACAGGUGUCUACUUGGCCCACCUGGCCGUGUCUGACCUCCUGUUCUCCGUGGCCCUGCCAGGAAAGAUCACUUAUUACGUGCUGGACUUCAGCUGGCCGUUUGGGGACGGACUCUGCAGGCUGACAGCGUUCAUCAUGUACCUGAACACCUACGGAGGGGUCUACCUCAUGACCUGCGUGAGUGUGGAUCGGUACCUGGCUGUGGUCUGUACCCAUGAGAGCCAGCGGCUGCGCAGCACGGGCCGGGCCAAGCUCGUCUGCGUGGCUGUCUGGGUCUUGGCACUUCUGCAGACGAGGGCGUUCACGCUGGCUCUUCAGGUCACUGUGUCCCUCAUGAAUGUGAACUGUGGCAUCGACCCCAUCAUUUACUUCUUUGCCUCUACCCGUUACAGGAAAUGGCUUCUUGGUAUUUUGAACCUCAGCGCAUCCUCUUCCUCCUCCUCCUCCUCCCCAGGAAGAGCAUCCUCAGAAACGCAGACUGGAGGCUCUGUCACCGUGGUGGAGAACCAGGUCUAACCUGGCACUGGCUGUAGACUGUGUAUAGAGCGGGCCAGGGUCACAUAGGCCUGGAGCUUAUGUGAUUUUGUUUAUGGGGGUGGGUAGACUCUUUAAGAAAAAGAAUGCAAAAAAAGAAAUACAGGCCAAGUACCCCUUAUUUGAAAUGCUUGGGACCAGAAGUGUUUUAGAUUUUGGCUUUUUGGGAAAUUUUGGAACAUUUGCAGAUACAUGUGAUAUAUCGGGGAUGGGACCCAAGUCUAGACAUGAAAGUCCUAUACCUUUCAUACACAACUAUAUAGAGAACGCAAAGGUAGUUUUAUCCACUAUUUUAAGUAAAUUUGUGCCUGAAAUGAAGCUUUAUGGUGUGAAAUUUUCUACUUGUAGCAUCAUAUGGCACUCAAAAUGCUUCCAGUUUUGGCCAGGUGAGGUGGUA